AUGGCAAGGCAUUGGCCAGCAUCCCUUUACCUUUUCAAGAAGUCUCGGCUCAUCGAGGCGCUUGCUGGUGAGCAAUUCAAUUUCGUGAGUGGCACGAUGGGAAGUCGCCGACCAACUGUUUUGGAGUUUCGAAAUGUCCAGCAGAAUAAGCACUCGAGAUGGUAUGUUAUGGAUAAAAAAACCAACAAAUGGCAAGAACAUCCUCUUCACGAAGUUACUCAAAUCAUUGGUGAAGCUCACGAGUCGCUCGGGGCCUCAGUAACAGAUGAGCCUGUGUAUGUUCGUGUUGAAUCACCAUUUUGCGUUGAUAUGCAAAUCGUCGAUUUGCCCGGUUUUCGAGACUUCGCCCUCGAUAAGGAGAAACAGCAGCUUGCUGACCAAAUUGAUAACCUG